AAUCUAUAUUUCCAUUACAGUAUAAAAUUUUAAAGUACCAGAUUUUAGUAGAUAUUUGUAUUUGCAAUCUGGGUUUCUCCUGAAAUUUUGAGGAUGUCGGGGGGUCCUCCUAUGCACCCGCCCACCGAUGUCUUGGAAGCACUGGAUGAAAUGAUGGUCGGUCGUCGUCAUAGACCAGAACAUCUUGACCAUCGCUCCAUUAUUGACACCAGAGGUCUCCCUCUGAUGCAACCGAGUGGAAUACAAAGACCCUAUGCUCUUAACGCAAGAGAAAAUCUGUACCUGCCGCCGAGUAAUCAUGAGAGACAUUAUAUCAAUGCGACUCCCCCGAGAGAAAAUCAUUCUUUACUUCAAGCAGGUCGUGACCGUGGUUAUGGGCAAAUAUCAAGAGAUUCUCCAUUCUUGCCACCUAGCAAUCGCGAUCGUCAGUUUCACGGAAACCAACGAGAUAGCCCGUCCAUGCAUGUUGUCAGUCAUGAACAACAAUAUGUUAAUAGAGCAAGAGAGAGUCCAUCUUUGCAUUCAGGUACUCAUGAACAUCACUUCGUUGGUUCUUCAAGAGAAAGUUCAGCGUUACGUACUCACCAGCGUGAAUAUGCUGAUAAUCCAAGCACAAGUCAGUCCAUGUUAGUAAAUAGCCAUGAACGACAAUAUCCUAACAAUAAUGAGUUGCAAGAAACUACAUCUAUUAUUGUAAAUAAUACAGAGCCACAGUUCGAUCGGAGAGAAAGUUUGAAUCAAAUUGUUCAAACGCCUAGUCAUGAACAACAACAACCCGCAGAGGAAGCUUCAGAACCAGAGCCGUUUCCUGCGCCCACUAGCCGUGAAAGAAUUUCUUCAGGAGAUCCAAGAGAUGAACCUUUUCCGAUGCCGACAAGUACCAGAGAGCGUCAAUCUUCUGAAAGUCUUAAAGAUGCUCCGUUCCCCCCGCCUGCGAACCGUUCUUACACGGGAGCUUCUAUACUACAAGGAGGCAAUCAUGCUGGUCGUUCACAGACAGAUGGAUUGAUAACAGAAUUGGCGGAAGCAUUGGCUCAAAUGCAGGAAUCUGUGGGAGUAGGAACAACCUCGUCUUCAAGGAAUCUAGAAAGUUGUAGCGCGGUUAAAGAUGUAGGAACAGUUAUUGCAGAAGCUACAAAAGCAGUGGUUAAAUCAAGUCAUCAGGAAGCAUCAACAAGUGGCUUCAACCCUCCAAGAGUGAACUUAAAUAGUUGCCUGAUAUGCCAACGUGAGUUUGCCAGUGUGAAGAAAUUAAAAUUACAUUUAAUGACGCACACUGGAGAGAAACCUUUUUCAUGCGAAGUGUGUGGCAAGUCGUAUGCUCAACUUACAUAUUUGAAGUAUCACAUGCGAACACACAGUGCUGAACGACCCUUCUCUUGUAGGAUUUGUGGGAAGACCUUUAUAACAGGAAAUAACCUACACGACCAUCUUCAAACGCAUGAUGUAAAUCGACCUACUUUUUCAUGCUUGGAAUGUGGAAAAACCGUCUCGACAAAACGAUCUUUGAGAAAGCACAUGAGAGCGCACGCAAGUGAUAAACCCCAUGUGUGCACUGUUUGUAAAACUAGGUUUGCUUAUCCUACAAUUUUAAAAUACCACAUGAUGAAACAUAAUGGUAAAAAGGAUCAUUUUUGCAAGUUAUGUGAAAAAGGUUUUCUUUUACGAUCUGAACUAGUGAGUCAUUCAUAUGAACACGCCGGGGAUAAAAAAUUUCGCUGCGAGAUUUGCAAGCAGAAAUUUCCCAAUGACGAUGGCCUAAAGGCACAUAUGCGUAAACAUUCUGGCCUAGACCCAUUCUCUUGCAAGACAUGUGAUAAGACCUUCUCACAACGUUCUUAUUUAAAGAUCCAUAAACGAAUUCAUACUGGUAACAAACCGUACCCCUGUAAAUUAUGUGAAACAAAAUUUUACACCAACGCUGCUUUAAAAUAUCACAUUACGGAAAAACAUAGCGAAGAACAUGCGUGCAGAAGAUGUGAUCUCACUUACAAAGAAAUUGAUGAGCUUCAGAGGCACAGACAACUUGUUCAUCUAAAAAAAUGGUCUUGUAAAACAUGUGGAAAAGCUUUCAAACGUCAGACUCAGUUGGAAGAACAUGAGUGGGUCCAUCUUGGUAAGAAACCACAUUUCUGCGAAGUGUGUGGAAAAAAAUUCUCGAAAAAGAAAACCUUACAAAGACACAUGAGACAACACAAAAUUAAGAAAAAGUUUGAGUGUAAAAUAUGUGGAAGAGCUUUUGCUCAGCGUGGCUGGUUGAAAUCACAUGAGUACAGUCACAUGGGGCCGCAACCUUUCCCGUGCAGCGUGUGUGGGAAGAAAUUUGCCACUAUGAGCACUUUGAGAGCCCACGCACACAUUCAUGAUGAAAUAAAAGCUUUCUCGUGUGAUAUUUGUGGGAAAGCGUUCGCUCAGUCCAGUGCUCUCCAUCGUCACAAAUACACUCACACCGAUGAAAAACCGUUUUCCUGUGACACUUGCGGAAAAGGCUUUAAGCAGAAGGCAUCUCUGAAAGCACAUCUUCAUACGCACAGUACAGAAAAACCAUACUGUUGUGAAGUCUGCGGAAAAGCAUUCAAAAAUAAAAGUUAUUUGCGAAUUCAUGACCGGCUACAUAGCGGUGAAAAUCCUUAUGCUUGUGCCCAUUGUGAUAAAGUUUUUGUUACUGCAACUUCAUUGAAAAUGCAUGAGCAACGUCACAGCGGAGAACAGUUUCCGUGUCCUCAAUGUGACAAAAUAUUCUCUACCCAGUCCUAUUUGAAAAAGCACAGUAUGGUACAUUCUCUAGAUAAGCCGUUUCAGUGUGAUGUUUGUCUAAAAACAUUUGGUCUCAAGCAGACUCUGAAAGAUCAUAUGAGAAUACAUACAGGGGAAAAACCUUAUGCCUGUGAUAUUUGUGGAAAGCGUUUCAUACAGGGGUCAUAUUUAAAGUAUCAUAGAAGAAUGCAUACCGGUGAAAAACCAUUUGAGUGUCACGUAUGUGGUAAAAGAUUUGCUUUAAGCCAGCCUUUGAAAAACCAUAUGCUCUUACACACAGGUGAAAAACCAUUUGCUUGCGAAAUCUGUGGUGCACGGUUCCGUCAAAAAGGAGCUUUGAAAGACCAUAUUGGAGUUGCACAUACAGGAGAGAAGCCGCAUCAAUGUGAAACUUGCGGAAAGACUUUCCGUCGUAAGGGAAACUUGAAAGACCAUAUGCAGACACAUGCAAGUGAAAGAUCUUACAAAAGUCUAUGUGGAGUUUGUCAAAAACCAUUUUUGACUAACAACGCUUUAAAGGUUCAUCUUUUGACACAUACUUAUCGUGAAAAGGUCCAUGAAUGCCGGCAUUGUGGCAUGAAAUUUAUGAAUAAAAACGGUCUCAAAGCUCAUGAAUUUGUACACGCUGGAGUAAAACCUUACUGCUGCGACGUUUGUGGCAAAAAAUUUACUUGGAAAGGUGGGCUUGUCACACAUCAAAGGACCCAUUCUGGUGAAAAACCAUACGCAUGCGAUUACUGUGGCAGGGCAUUCACUACUAAGGCAAGCAUGGUUCAGCAUAAGAGAAUUCACACAGGCGAAAGGCCUUAUGAAUGUGAAAUUUGCUAUAAAAAAUUCAGACAGCAGGUCACACUGAAGACUCAUCUCCGAACACAACACGAAGUUUGGAAAUAAAAAAAAAAGAAUCUUUUCUAUCAACAUAAUUAUGAAUGAACAAUUGAAGAAUGGUUUUUAUUUAUGACAAAACAAUUGAGUCCUGAAGAUUUUUAAUAAUCAUAUAUGUCAGGAGAAAGUUUUUUACGCUGAAACGCAAACUAGUUGGUUCAGUAAUGUGCAACUUUCGUUCACUUAUUGUACAUACACUUUUUAUUUUGAUUAUCUUGAGAAUAUUACCCAAAUUUUUAAUGCAAUAUCAACAGAGCACAGUUUAUCUAUGCUGCAGAAGUGCAUGACUGCUACUACAUGACUAAAUGGGUGCUCCUGAAUUAUGCGCGCCAAGAUGUCGCACAACCUGAACCCUAACCUGGUACACAUACUAUGUUCAGGUUGUGCGCCAAUUUGGUACUCAUACUUCAGGAGGUCCCAUAAAUGACUAUAAAAUUGUGACAUACGGUACAGUAUAGUUGUCCCGUACUUCUGCAUCGUGGACUAGUAACCAUCUAUGGAACUUGUAGUGCCAAUGCACAGAAACUUCUAGUAUGCAUUCUCAUCACUGGGCAACAAAUCGACCCUCUUAAGCAGUUGUUCUCAACCUUUUUUCUUUCUUGGCCCACUUUUAUUACACAAAAAUUCUGUGACUUAUUAACUUUUUCAUGCAAGGGAAAAACCAAUAAUUCUUUGCAAAGAUCGACAACUCCACUUAAAUAAUUAAAAUAAGAAUUACCGCUCAGUGGCAAAAAACAGCAUCGUCAUUCAUUGCUACUACAAUCGAAGUCUUCCUAAUUUAUCAAUAACAAUUUCAAAAAGUUUGUGGCCCAACUGAAAAUGUUUCUAUGGCUCAAAAAUGUCCCACUGGUUGAGAACCUGUCCUCUAGAGCAGUGGUUCCCAAACUUUUUAAAGUUGGGACCCACUAUUUAUUACCAGAGUUUAUGGCGACCCAUUUAACUUUAAUAAAUUAAUAAAACAUUGAUGGAGGAAACAAAUUUAUUUUCUUCAAAUUGAAUUUUCAGUGAAGCUAGUGAGAAAGAUGAGCUUGUUUCUUGCUAUUUUCCAUAAUAGACUUGACAUUUAUUUCAAUUUCAGAUAGUUUUAGACGUAAAAAAUUGAAAAGUUGCAGUUUAUUUCGCAAUUUGCUUUGCCACUGAUCCUAAUAACCAGUAUAAUUAAUCAAAGCUUUCUACAUCUUUUCACGACCCACUGAGAUUCCUCUUGCUACCCACCAGUGGGUCGCGACCCAUAGUUGGGGAACCGCUGCUCUAAGAGUCUAAAUUAAUAUUAAAAUUCAAUUUUUGGUGAAGAAAACUAUUCAGUAUGUAGUAUUGCAUAUAUACAAUUUAUUGAUUUGUAUGUCUUGCUAGGCAAGACUAUGAUAUGUUUGUUUUAGAGGAGACCAAGCUAUGAAAAAAAUUUGACAUUUUUAACAUUGACAGUUAAAAUCUUGUAGGUGUCAAUUUCCUGCUUUUAGAUGUCCAAUUUCCUGGGUCAAAUCGUGGUGUUGGGGUCAAAUGUACAUCACAAUCUAUAAAUGGCUCUGGUCUCCGAAUAAGCGUUAUUUCCACCUCAUCCCAAUUUUACGAAUUUGCCUGGUCACAUCGAAUUUUUGAUACUCCCGAAGUAUGUGCACUAAGAUGGCGGACACCGUAAUGUAGUAUGUGUACCAAGUUAGGCCAUAAUUCCAGGUACAAAUACUACGGAAGACACUUGGAUAGUCGCCAAACUCUAAAUGGAACUAAAAGAAGGAAAAUCGGAAUAAUAUCGUGGCCUAACACUGACCUGGUACGCAUACUACGUUCCGGUGUACGCCAUCUUGUUCACAUACCAAAUUUUUUUAUUGAUGUUAAUGUUUUUACUUUUAAGCAUUUGAUAGUUGUAAUAUGUAUUAGAAAUGUUAAUGCUUGUUAUAAUUUGUAUAAACAAAAUAACUAAUUGUGUAUUUAGAUAAACUUUUUAGAUUGCUUGUUACCUAUUUUCGUGUCCACUAUCUUUUUAAUCGAAAUGGUAAGAAAGCCAUCUAUACAAUCCAAAUUGCUGAGAGAAGUGAUAUAUAUUAGUUGAUAUAUUUGGAAAUUAAAUUUUUUGUCGAGUGUUUUGUAUAGAAAAAGCAGUUUGAAUGACCCAAUUUGGUUUGUGUAGUUGACUUUUAUUUUGCAAUUGCUUGACAUUGAAACAGAUGCCGUUAAUAUUUUUGUAUCGCUGGGGCUGGCAAAUAAGCUCAUAUUGUUAUCUGAGCUUGAGAAAUCAAAGAUAAAUGGCAACACGUUUCGUUAGAGAGACACUGCGUAGUUGGAUAGAAUAAUUUUCUUUUAAGCCCGUAACCUCUUCCAAUAUAAUAAAAUAUUCCUUAAUAACCUCUGAGAGUCGGCGUUAUUAUGCAAGUGCGGCACUUCUCUGAUUCUAUAUAUCCUCUCAAAAUCGAUACAGAUUGAUGUUUCGAGCUGGUUUUAAUAAUUUUGUAUUUCAAAGCAAACGUCUAAAAGAGUACACUAUAUAUUUGUGUCAAAUUGCUGUACUCUUUGCGACCCCUGUGGCAACAUUGCCAGUGGCUAACAAACGUGAACUUUAUAUUCAGCCAGCUCCGCCGAUUGAAAAACCCUAUUUUUUGUGUUUAUUUCAUGUCAAUAUUCGUUAUGUAUAUAUUUUAUCUUCACAAACAACUGUAUGUGUGCUAUUGUAAGCACAAAUGAUUGUAUUAACCACUUAGGUGUUAAUUCGUCGUUUUCAUUUAUACUGCGUGACCCCAAGAAAAACAGAACCCAAAUUAUUUGGAACAUACUCUACAGAGAACAUAACUUUUGUGCAAAAUGGGUACAAUCAUACACAAUCAUUCAAACCGAUGUGUUAGGACCACAAUAGUAGUUUUGGUUGCAUCGUAAUUUGACGUUUAAUGUUGCGAUUGUGUUUUACCAGUGAUUCUCAAACUUUUGGAAUUUGUCAAGUCCCCACCUCAAAAUUAACAGCUAACAAUAAGCUACAAAUAACAGAUAGUGAAGGCGAAAUAUGUUUUAUUCAAAAAACACGUCGUAAAUAUGCAGCGUAUAUAAUGAAAUAAAUGUGAUUAAAAUAUUUUAAGUACGGCUGGCAAGAUGGAAUCAAACAAAUAUUUUUAUUUUCCUUCACAACCCCUCAAAAAAUUGUCUAUGCUCCCAUUGUGGGUAAGCCACACACCUUUUGAGAACCACUGGUGUAUACAGUAUGUUGGAAAUAAACGAGGCCUACACGAUACUGGAAAUGUGUGUAAAUGGCCCAGUAGUACAUAAAGUUUGUCGGUCAAUCCGACUAGGCCAACUUUAAAUAUGUCAGUUUACUAAACAUGUUGAACUAGAAAGCUAUUUGAAAUCUUAUGUAAAUUUAACUAGCAUUUUCAAGCACAGUUUUAUAUCUACUUGCACUACUGUUAACUAAUGCAUGAUCCAACCACGGAAAUGAUUGUUCAUUCAAACUUCAACUUAAAAAUGAAAAUUCAAAAACAUUUUGCUGUGAAAAUAUAUUUGGUAUCGACUAAUCCCGAUUUCUAUUACGCUUGUACUAUCGUUAGCUUGUGCAGCAGUUUAUGAUGUGACCACAUGAAUGAUUGUUUAUCUAGUUUUUCUUAAGGAUCAUGACUGAAAAAUUCAAAUAAUCCUGUUGUGUGUUAUCAUGUACAUUAUAUAUCGCCUGAAUCAUGUUUCGCGAUUGAAUUUACUGGAAUAAAUGCUUGUUUCAAUGAACAGUUGAAUUU